AUGUCCUCCCGCAGCCCCCGGCCCCCGCCCCGCCGCUGCCGCCGCCGUCUGCCGCGCCCCUCCUGCUGCUGCUGCUGCUGCCGCCGCUCGCACCUCAACGAGGACACCGGGCGCUUCGUGCUGCUGGCCGCGCUCAUCGGCCUUUACCUGGUGGCGGGCGCCACCGUCUUCUCGGCGCUCGAGAGCCCGGGCGAGGCGGAGGCGCGGGCGCGCUGGGGCGCCACGCUGCGCAACUUCAGCGCGGCGCACGGCGUGGCAGAGCCGGAGCUGCGCGCCUUCCUCCGGCACUACGAGGCCGCACUGGCCGCCGGGGUCCGUGCAGACGCCUUGCGCCCGCGCUGGGACUUCCCCGGAGCCUUCUACUUCGUGGGCACCGUGGUGUCGACCAUAGGAUUCGGCAUGACCACCCCAGCCACAGUAGGUGGGAAGGCCUUCCUCAUCGCAUACGGACUGUUUGGCUGUGCGGGGACCAUCCUGUUCUUCAACCUCUUUUUGGAGCGCAUCAUCUCUCUGCUGGCCUUCAUCAUGCGCGCCUGCCGAGAGCGCCAACUGCGCCGCAGCGGCCUGCUGCCCCCCACCUUCCGUCGAGGCUCCGCACUGUCGGAGGCCGACAGCCUGGCGGGCUGGAAGCCCUCGGUGUACCACGUGCUGCUCAUCCUGGGCCUGUUCGCCGUGCUGCUAGCAUGCUGCGCCUCGGCCAUGUACACCAGCGUGGAGGGCUGGGAUUACGUGGACUCUCUCUACUUCUGCUUCGUCACCUUCAGCACCAUUGGCUUCGGGGACCUGGUGAGCAGCCAGCACGCCGCCUACCGGAACCAGGGGCUCUACCGCCUGGGCAACUUUCUCUUCAUCCUGCUCGGCGUGUGUUGCAUCUACUCGCUCUUCAACGUCAUCUCCAUCCUAAUCAAGCAGGUGCUCAACUGGAUGCUGCGCAAGCUGAGCUGCCGCUGCUGCACGCGCUGCUGUCCGGUGCCCGGCGCGCCCCUGUCACGGCGCAAUGCCAUCACCCCGGGUUCCCGGCUGCGCCGCCGCCUGGCCGCGCUAGGUGCCGACCCCGCGACCCGCGACAGCGACGCCGAGGGCCGCCGCCUGUCGGGCGAGCUCAUCUCCAUGCGCGACCUCACAGCGUCCAACAAGGUGUCGCUGGCGCUGCUGCAGAAGCAGCUGUCCGAAACGGCCAACGGCUACCCGCGCAGCGUGUGCGUCAACACACGCCAGAACGGCUUCUCGGGCGGCGUGGGCGCGCUGGGCAUCAUGAACAACCGGCUGGCAGAGACCAGCGCCUCCAGGUAG